AUGGUAAAUGAAUCCAAUGAACCACUCCUGUUAAAGAAAGAACUCAUCAAACCAUCUUUAAACCUGGUUCUGUGUGGGAGGAGAGGAGCAGGGAAGACUUCAGCAGCCAAGGCCAUUUUAGGUCAGACUGAGCUUCAUUCAGUCUCCAACUCAUCAGAGUGUGUUAAACAUCAGGGAGAGGUGUGUGGACGUUGGGUUUCCCUGGUGGAGCUGCCUGCCUUGUAUGGAAAACCUCAGGAGGCAGUGAUGGAGGAAUCACUCAGGUGUAUCUCCCUCUGUGAUCCUGAGGGUGUCCAUGCCUUCAUCCUGGUCCUACCUGUGGCUGCCAUCACUGAUGAAGACAAGAGAGAGUUAGAGACCAUCCAGAACACAUUCAGCUCUCGAGUCAAUGACUUCACCAUGAUUCUGUUCACUGUGGACUCAGAUCCUACAGAUCCAACUGUUGGUAAAUUUAUAAUGGAAGACAAGGACAUGCAGGAGCUCUGUGAUGAGGAGCAGAGCACCAAAAGUCUCAGGAUUGUGCUGAUAGGAAAGACCGGCAAUGGAAAGAGCUCUACAGGAAACACCAUUCUAGGAAGAAAGGAGUUCAAAGCAGAAUCGAGCCAAACAUCCGUCACCAAAUACUGUCAGAAAGCACAGGGUGAAGUGGAUGGUCGUCCUGUUGCUGUGGUUGACACUCCUGGACUGUUUGACUCAACUUUGACACAUGAAGAAGUUCAUGAGGAGAUGAUGAAAUGUGUCAGUCUUCUGGCUCCAGGACCACAUGUCUUCCUGUUGGUGUUAAAAAUUGGCAGAUUCACACCAGAGGAUAAACAAACACUCAAUUUAAUCAAGAAAGGUUUUGGAAAAAGUUCUGGAAAGUUCACCAUCAUUCUUUUAACUGGAGGAGAUUCACUGGAGGAUGAUGAGGUGUCUGUUGAAGAGUACAUCCAACACAAAAGUGAUGAUUCCUUUAAGAAGCUGAUUGCUGACUGUGCAGGAAGAUACCAUGUGUUCAAUAACCGUGAGAAAAAAAGCCAUACACAAGUCAGUGAGCUGAUAACAAAGAUUGACACCAUGGUGAAGGACAAUGGAGGAAACUGUUUCACCAAUGAGAUGCUGGAAGAGGCUGAAGCAGCGAUAAAGAAGGAAAUGCAGAGGAUCCUAAAGGAGAAGGAAGAAGAGAUGAGGAAACAGAUAAGGGAACUUGAAAGAAAACAUGAGGAAGAAAAAGAAACAAUGAAAAGAAGAAUGGUUGAACAGGCAGAGAAAAUUGAACAAGAGAGAAAACUGAGAGAACAACAACUUAAAGAAAAGGAGGAACACAUCAACAAAGAGCGUGAGCAGAGAAAGAAAGAACAGGAGGAGAGAGAAGAAGAAGACAGGAUGAAGAGAAAAGAGGAAGAACUUCAAAGAAAAGAGUGGAAACAAAAAUUUGAAGCUUUAGAAAAAAAAAUAAAAUCAGAAUCUGAAGAAAAGGAAACCAUAGAUAAAAAGUUGAUACAGAACAGAAUGGAAAUGAGAAAACAACAAGAGGCCUGGGAGGAGGAAAGAAAAGACUGGUGGGAGAAACGAUAUCGUGAAGCUCGACAGUCUCGCAUUAAGGAGCUAGAAAGAAUUGAAAAGCUCCAAAAAGAAUUUGACCUGGAAAGAGAAACGUAUGAAAAAAGAAAAGAAGAAGAUCGAAUCAGAAGACUACGUGAAGAAAAAGAGAGAAAAGACUUAGAGGAAAGCUACAAAAGAAAGAUAGAUGACAUGAAAAAGAAAUCUGAAGAGAAUGCCAGAAAACAAGCUGAAGAGUUAAAUGACUUCAGAAGAAAAUACACCAAAGAUCUCGAAGCUUUGGCAAAAAAACAUGCUGACGAAUUAAAGAGGCUGAUGCAAGAGCAAAAAACAGAAAUGCAACAGAAAAACCAAGAACACAGCGCACAGUUUAAUCAGCUACAACAACGCUCAAGAGACACAGAAAAGAAACUCAAGGAAGAACUGAAGAAGAAGGAAGAAAAUCAACAAAAACUGGAGGAACUGAACAAAAAACAAGAACAAGAGAUAAAUGAUCUGAAUGAGAAGUACAAAAAUAAAUGCACUGUCUUCUGAUGUUCUUUUUCCAACGCUGCAACUCAUAAUAUUACUCUGUCCAGAGUUUCAGCCUCCUAUUUAUUUUAAUAGGGAAUAAAAAUGAAUAAACAUGCAACAGAUAGGAUAGGGAUAGAUGAGGUUAGUUUACAGUAGCUUAAUGGUGCAUUCCUGAAUGAGAUGGAAGUCGGAAUUUCCAAGUUCCUGGUCAGAAUUUGAAUCUGUAACACCCCCUUAACUCAGAUUUCCCACUUGGACAGUGAAAGUAGAAUUGGAUUGUUUAACUCAGCAACCCUAUGUUAAGAAUCCAAAAUGGCAGCACUGAAUGGAAACUGUAUUAAAACUGUAGAUUUGUAAUCUGCACUACCAGUGUUGUGUAUUUGUUACUCACUGAAUAAAUCAUAUGCAGAGUACU